AAACACAUAUUAGCUACCUGACACAGUCGAAGAAGAGUUUACUUAGAAGCUGGUGUUUUAAAAAUAUCUACUAUUCAUCAAGUACUUCAGUUUUAUCACAAAACGUGCAAUUGCUUUCUUCUAAUAUUUUCGAGAAUUCAAUAAUAUGCGAGCAUUUUGUCUUAUUUUAUUGGUGGCUCUUGCUAGUGCUAACUUAGCACCAUUCCACAAGGCUAAUGAGACAAUCGCUGGUAAAUUCCUGAUUGGAUUGAAGGCCAAUAUUGAUGUAGAUGCCAUCAGCGAGCUUCUGAAGAGAACUGUAUUUAGUGGCAAACGCAAAGCUAACCUCUUGAAAAAAUUUAAAGGUGCCUUCAAUGGAUUUGUUGCAAAGAUGGAUGAUGAGAUGGUGGAGAAGUCUACAGGUGACGGAGCUGGUGUAAGUGUAUAUGUGAUUGAUACCGGCAUCAACCCAUCCCACAACGAAUUUGGUGGCCGAGCUGUUGCCGCCUACGACGCAACUGGUGGCGAUGGAAUUGAUUGCAAUGGCCAUGGAACUCACUGUGCGGGAACUAUCGGUGGCAAAACAUAUGGCGUUGCCACUGGGGUUGAUAUUUUUGGUGUCAGAGUUUUCGGAUGCUUAGGUGGAUCUCCUACGUCUACAUUAAUUGAUGGAAUCAACUAUGUGUACGAAAAUGGCAAUCAACCGGGUGUUGUAUCCAUGUCAUUGGGUGGCGGGACAUCUACUUCUACAGACAAUGCUGUUAAUGAACUCAUUUCCAAAGGAUUUGCUGUUGUGGUCGCUGCGGGAAACGACAACGCUAACGCAUGCUAUUAUUCCCCAGCAAGAGUAGAUCAGGCUAUUACUGUCGGCGCUACUGAUUCGUCAGAUUUUCGCUCACCCUUCUCCAACUACGGAAGCUGCGUUGAUAUCUUUGCUCCUGGAUCCUUUAUCACCUCAGCUUGGUGGAGUUCUAACACGGCUACAUCUACAAUCAGUGGGACUUCCAUGGCCACCCCUCAUGUUGCAGGUGUUGCGGCUGUUCACCUUAGUAAUGGCUACACAGCCUCCCAAGUAAGGACCAAAAUUCUGAGCGAUGCUAGUUCCAACAAAAUCAGCAACACCAACUGGAGAUCUCCAAAUAAAUUGCUGUUUGUUGACUAAACAAUAUAAUUAAGCAUUGUGUUACCAUUGGAAACCAGUGUGAGUUCAUUGAACACAGCUAGUUGCUCUAUUACCGGUACAUUAGCUUAAUUUUUCCCUAUCCAGUUUUUACGGUAUGUCUACUAGUAUGACAGUGGUGGAUCCUGGGAUUUUCCGAUUUUCUGAUUUGAUGAGGUUGUUAUAUAAACUACCUAUUCAAUAUUUUAAUUAGUGAGGUUUUUUUUGGCAGACUUCAUCUUUAAGUUUCCACAUAUGAAUAAACAUUAUGAUAGACUUAAUUUCA